AUGUCUAUGUAUGACAAUACUUCUUGUAUUUGCCAAUUACAGCGUCAUUUAAUACAUUCUCCUCGAUAUCAAUACUUCAUAUUGGCAAUUGAAUUGCUUCUUCCCUUUUUCAAAACACUGUUGGACCGCCUCGAUGUCAUAAUUUCUCGGAGUAUACCUCCCGCACGCAAUUUGACAGUAUUAGACAAAUGGCGUUGGAAUGGUCUUUUGUGUACAGUCAAGAACGCUCUAAAGUUGUCCAAGAUAGAGGAAUUACCGAUGGAUAUCCUGCUUGAUAUUCUUGACCGAGUACCCAUCUCAUCAGCUGCUGCCUUUUCGAUUUGUAGUCCGCACAUCAAAAAACGAAUGAGAAAUCAAUAUCUCCAGCAUCUGAAUACCCAGCCUUAUCAAAAGCUACAUUUCUUAGAGCUCCUCGCCAAUCACUUGUCCAAUCAUGUUGUAUGCGAGCUAUGUCUCAUCAUUCACCAUGUAGACAACGCAGGAUCGUUGCAGUACUACAAGCGAUUUUAUGGCAAAUCUCAUUGGAAUCGCAUGCGUCGGAUUUCGAAAAAGAUUGAUUCACAACUUUUGUUGAUUGACAAAUUAUUACAACCCACCUACAGAGAGCGAGUUUUGACUCAGUUACUGGACGGAUAA